AUUCAAUAUGUGUCUCUGUUUUUCACAGCCAUGAGUCGCAGCAUUGUGCGCCAGAGUAAGUUCCGACAUGUAUUUGGGCAAGCAGUGAAAACGGAUCAAAGUUAUGAUGAUAUCCGGGUUUCCAAAGUCACAUGGGACAGUUCCUUCUGUGCAGUUAACCCAAAGUUUCUGGCAGUUAUAGUGGAGUCCAGUGGAGGCGGGGCUUUUCUGGUUCUGCAUCUCUCAAAGGUGGGUCGAGUGGACAAAAAUUACCCUCUAGUGGUUGGACACUCAGGGCCUGUUCUGGACAUUGACUGGUGUCCUCACAAUGACAAUAUCCUGGCCAGCUGCUCUGAAGACACCACUGCUAUGGUAUGGCAGAUCCCUGACCACACUCCCUCUCGUCCCAUCAGUGAGCCCAUUGUGGUGCUGGAGGGUCACUCUAAACGUGUGGGCAUCAUUAAAUGGCAUCCUACUGCCCGCAACAUACUCCUCACUGCAGGCGGUGAUAAUCUGAUCAUCAUCUGGAAUGUGGGCACUGGAGAACCCUUGAUGACAAUGGAUGACCAUCCUGAUCUCAUCUAUAACGUCAGCUGGAACUACAACGGUAGCCUGUUUUGUACCACUUGCAAGGACCGUCGCCUUCGUGUGUGCGAUCCCCGGAAAAACGAGGUGGUGGCGGAAAGACUGUGCCCACAUGAGGGUAUCCGGCCAAUGAGAGCCAUUUUUACCAAAGAGGGCAACAUUUUCACAACAGGUUUCACCAGGAUGAGUCAGAGAGAGCUUGGCCUGUGGGAUCCGACUAAUUUUGAAGAGCCCAUAGCACUAUUGGAGUUGGACACAAGUAAUGGAGUUUUAUUGCCUUUUUAUGAUCCAGACACUAACAUUGUGUAUCUCAGCGGCAAGGGUGACAGCAGUAUUCGAUAUUUUGAGAUCACAGAGGAGCCUCCCUAUGUGCAUUACAUCAGCACAUUCAGUAGCAAGGAGCCACAGAGAGGAAUGGGCUUCAUGCCCAAGAGAGGAGUGGAUGUCAGCAAGUGUGAGAUUGCCAGAUUAUAUAAACUCCAUGAAAGAAAGUGUGAGCCUAUUAUGAUGACAGUACCCAGAAAGUCUGACCUGUUCCAGGAUGAUCUGUACCCAGACACAGCAGGACCAGAGCCAGCUCUGGAACCUGAAGAAUGGAUGGAUGGACGAGACGCAGACCCCAUAUUAGUGUCCAUGAGGGAUGGCUAUGUUCCUCCAAAGAGUAGAGAGCUAAAGGUGGCCAAGAAGAAUGUUCUAGACACCAGACCUGCAACACGUAGAAGCAUGUCUGUCAUAGAUGGAAGUAGUUUGCCCCCUCAGUUGUUGGAGAAGCUUGUUGAGGAGAUUCAAAAUCUGAAGGCCACAGUUCUCUCUCAGGAGAAACGAAUCUGUGACUUAGAGAAUAAGCUCUCUAAGUACACUAAUGGUACAGUCUGAAUAAAGCUAACUCAUCCAGUG